AUGCUCCAUAAAAACCAACAAAACAAUCAUCGUAGCUGCAAAUCCUCACUCACAAUUGUGCUCAAGAUUGGUACCUCAUCCAUCUGUAAUGAAAAGACACAUUUCCCAUUGUUGUCCAACUUGUCAGCCUUGGUGGAGACCGUCUUGAGCUUGAGGGCCAGUGGACAUCGUGUGAUCCUCGUUACAAGUGCUGCUAUUGGAACAGGUCUUCGUAGAUUGAACAUGGCAGAUAAACCUUCCAAGUUGGCAGCUAAACAGGCUGUUGCUGCUGUAGGUCAAGGCCGUUUGAUGGCGCUGUACGAUGAUUUAUUUGGCCAAUUCCAUCAACCUGUUGCCCAACUCUUAUUAACGAAAAAUGAUCUUGCUGAUCGGUCACAAUAUCUGAAUGCGGUCAACUGUUUGGAAGAGCUAUUGGAUAUGGGAGUUGUACCUAUUGUCAAUGAAAACGAUACCAUUUCGACUCAAGGUGUGCGUUUCGGUGAUAACGACACUUUGGCAGCAGUAAUGGCUGGCAUGAUCAAGGCCGACUAUCUCUUCUUGUUGACUGAUGUCGAUUGUCUCUACACGGAUAAUCCUCGUACUAAUCCUAACGCUAAACCUGUUACUGUGUGCGACGAUAUGGUCAAGUUGAGAGAGCAAGUUUCGGUCGCUUCAAUGGGCUCAUCUCUUGGAACAGGUGGCAUGGCAACCAAAUUGAUUGCCGCUGAUCUGGCCAUUGCAGCUGGUGUAACCACCAUCAUCACCAAUGGAUCCAAAACCUAUAAUAUUGCCAAAAUCAUUGAAGCCGAUACACAAAAUAGCACCACGACUGAAUUCACUGCUGAUCAUCCUCUGCACACUCGCUUCGCUGCUAAAAAUAAUCCUUUGCUGGAUCGCAAAUGGUGGAUCCAAUACGGUUUGCAUACAGCAGGCACCAUCUAUGUGGACGAAGGAGCAGCCAAAGCCAUGUUGACUCCUCGUUUAAAGAGCAGUUUGUUUGCUGCUGGUAUCAUUCAGGUCGAAGGUCAAUUUGUAGCACAACAAGCAGUUGCCAUUACUCUUCGUAAAAAGACAGCAGACGGCAAAUUUGAAGACACUGUUAUCGGAAAGGGUCUGGCCAACUAUUCCAGCAUUGAAAUCAAUCGCAUCAAGCGCUGCCGUAGUACAGAAAUUCCCAAUAUCUUGGGCUAUGUCGAUGCGGAUUGUGUAAUUCAUCGCGAUAAUCUCGUUAGAACCAUUGAUGAAAUUUAA